AUGACAAAUAAAAAUGGUCCUUUUAAGGACCACCUAACGCUAAGUAUUGGUGGCGAACUCAGGGUGUGCCACUUCAAUAUUGAAGGAAUUUCAAAAUCAAAAUGUGAAGUUUUGUCAAAAAUUAUAAAUAAAGAAAGGGUCGAUGUAAUCGCACUACAAGAAACCAACACAUUAAACGAUGAGGAUAUAGGAAAAAAGGGAUUCAUACAAGGUUACCUGCUACUCGGAGCGAUACACCACAAACAAUACAGUGUGGCAACAUAUAUUAAAGAAGAUACGUGGCAUAGAUACGUGCCGGAUUAUUUUCGAAGAUAA